AUGGCUACGACCCCAGCCACGUCGCGUCUCAAAGUGGCCGUCAUUGGCGCUGGUCCGAUCGGCCUCUGCACUGCCGCGGCAUUAAGGCAGCAGGGCCACAAUGUCACCGUCUUUGAGCGACGACAGGACCCGGAGCCCCGCGGACACGCACUGGUAAUCCAGCCAGCAGCGACCCGGGCUCUCCAGUAUCUAAAGGGCGCGCACAGCGCAUUCGAACGCGUCAGCGUACAAGCGGGUCCUUUGCGCCUGUGGUCUUAUACCGGUGACAAGCCAUUUGCAGUCGCAGCGGCGGCGCAGCAGCCAUGUCGGUCCGACAAGCGCUUUCAAACAGAUCGGCCAUCAGUGCAGAAUGUUUUCCAUGGAUUGGCCGUGUCCAGCGGCGUGCAACUGCUUUUCGGCACGGCCGUUGUCAAAGUCGAGGAGCUUGCGGAUAGCGCAAGCCUCUCGACCGCAGAUGGAAUGACGCACCAUGCGGACCUUGUCAUAGCAGCAGAUGGUAUCAAAUCCGCGACACGCAAAAUGCUCUUCCCCGCGCGGGAUGUCGAUCCCAUUCCUCUCAGGGAAUCCAUCUUUCUUACAAAGAGUCGUGUUGCUGACCUCGCGGGGGACAGGCAAUUGGCAGCAUGGCUCGAGCCGGGCACAAAACAUGGUGUUCUAGGACCUGGCCGCUUUAUUUUAAGCCGACACAUGCACGGCGGCUACCUCGGGGUGCAGUUGAUCGAUGUUGACCAUGCGGAUCCUGGGCCCGUCAAUGCCAACUGGAACACGCCAGCCGACGUUGACGCACUGAGGGCACGAUUUUCCGACUUUGGUCCCAUAACUCGCGCCUAUCUAAAGUAUAUACGGCAUGCGGAGAAGUGGCAAAUGGCAAUGGGGCCGUCUUUGACAACGUGGCGGAGCAAGAACGGGAGGGUGGUGCUUGCUGGGGAUGCUGCACACGCCAUGUUGCCGCACGGAGCGCAGGGUUUGAGUCAAGGAAUUGAAGAUGGGAUGAGCCUUGCGCAGAUGCUGCGUCUUGUUGGGGGGGCAGGAAGCGACAUUAGUGCCCAUGUGCCCGCGGUGACAAAGGCCUGGGUUGAGCUGCGCAAACCGAGAUGCGACGUCUUCAUGCGACAGUCUACAGAGAACGCGAGGCUGUGGAGUCUGCCGGAUGGGCUGGAACAGAGGGCGAGAGAUGAGAAAAUGGCGAGCUUGGGUCGUCAACCUCCUCCGGAUCUGGACAGUGUCGAGAUGGACAUGACUGCGCCUCGACACUCGCCAGAGUUUCUCAAGUGGGUGAGAGAUUACGACGUGGUACGAGAGAGCCAGCUGGCAAUGGCAGAAAUGCUGCCAAGAGGGUCGGUGUAG